GCUAGAUCGUGCUGUCCAAAAACCAAACCCAGAUUAAACCAAACCCCCUUCAAAGCCCUCUCUCUCUCUCUCUCCCCAAUCUAAAAUGGCUCUGCUCCAAAUCCACUCGCCACCACCUAGCACAACCAUUCUCUCCCCAAUCCUCUCGUUUCAUUCCCCACCACCUCUUCACUUUUCCAUUCCUUACUCCAACUUGAAAUACCACCAACAAAAUUUACUCCAUUCUACUUCCUCAACUACCAAGAACACACCUUUCUCACUUUCAACACUCCCAAGAAAGUUGCUUUGCCAGCCCCCUCGCGGCAAGUAUGUUAGAGAAGACUACCUUGUGAAGAAGUUGUCUGCCGAGGAAGUUCAGGAGCUCGUCAAGGGGGAAAGAAGCGUACCCCUUAUUAUUGAUUUCUACGCAACAUGGUGUGGACCUUGUAUUUUGAUGGCUCAAGAACUCGAAAUGCUUGCUGUGGAGUAUGAGAACAAUGCCUUGAUUGUCAAGGUUGAUACAGAUUAUGAGUAUGAGUUUGCACGUGACAUGCAGGUACGGGGGCUGCCAACACUAUUUUUUAUCAGUCCAGAUCCAAGUAAAGAUGCAAUCCGGACUGAAGGGCUUAUUCCAAUACAGAUGAUGCGGGAUAUAAUCGACAACGAGAUGUGAAGUGGGGAGUGAAACAUUAUUACACCAGCAGACAGAUUUUUGAGGGCCCUGGUUGUCCCGGUUGCUGAUGACACCUUCCCGUGGCUAAAUUGGGUUUUGUAAUUUAUUUUACUGAGAUACUGCGUUUGGAGUCAACAAUUUUUGUAGCUAAUAUGAUGUGCAAUAGAGGGAUAUUCACUGGUUUGAAUGAUGUAGGAAUUUAUGUGCCUUCUGCUCAAA